UCUUAACUUCUUAACAUCUGACCCUAGAUCAGGUGAAGGAAGGUGUACAGCUCUUAACGUCUUAAUAAUAUCUGAAGAGGAGAGGACACACAUAGGCCUACAGCUCUUAACUUCUUAACACCUGGCCAUGAUCAGGUGAAGAAAGGUGUUCAGCUCUUAACGUCUUAAUAGCUGAAGAGGAGAGGACACACACAGCUCCUAACUUCUUAACAUCUGACCCUAGAUCAGGUGAAGAAACACGUACAGUUAACGUUUAACACCUGUUGUGUGAGGCAGGCAGGCAAACAAGCAAGCAAGCAGGGUGGCAUCAUGAAUAAGUCCAAGAGCAAGAAGCCGGGGGCCGCGGAGAACGCGCUGAGCACUUUGCUCAGCCAGCUGGAGAAUGAACAGCUGCAAGAGAUGCUCGGCCGGCGCUGUGUGUCUCUGAGCACCACGGUGGCCCAGCUUCUGAUGGCGAUCCCCCAUAGCCCCGGCUCCUGGACCCUGCAGCAUACAGGUGUGCUGUGCUUUGUGAAGGACAACCCACAGCGCUCCUACUUCCUCCGCCUCUAUGAUAUCAAGGCAAGGAAGCAGCUCUGGGAGCAGGAGAUGUUUGAAGAAAUGUUGUACCAUCAGGCACAGCCUUACUUUCACACCUUUGAAGGGGAUGUCUGCCAGGUGGGACUGAACUUUGCUGAUCUGCAGGAGGCGAGGGAUUUCUUUACCAGCGUCCACUCAAAGAUUGCUCAAAGGAAGAACAGACAACAAACCCAUACUGCCAAAAUGCCACCAGUAGCCACAACUGACCUCCGCCACGCAGGCAUCCAGGCCCCACGACAUUGUUCCAUGGGCACGCCACUGUCUCCUUCUGUCUCCAUGGGAACGCCACUGGCUCCUGCCCUCGCCAAGGGCAAGAAAGAAAAGAAAGAGAGCAAGAGGGGCAAAUCUAAGAAGGGCUCAAAAUUGUCCAAGGCUGAAAUCAGCGGCCCAAGUGGCUUCACACACGUUUCCCAUGUUGGCAUGGACCCAAGUAAUCUAGACCCAAGUAAUCUAGACCCGGACCUGAAAAAGCUCCUGUCCACGGCUGGGAUCUCUGAAGCAGAUAUGAGGGACGAAGAGACAGCAUCGAUGAUUUACGAUGUGAUCGAGCAAGCAGGAGGCAUGGCUGCAGUCAAACAGGAAGUUAACAAGCAGGCUGCACCUCAACGACCACCUUGUGCCCGCUCAGGGCCUCUCUCGUCCAUCCCUGGUUCCCGCCCCGGCCCCAGCCCUGGCUUUGCAUCUGCCCCAGGCCCUUCUUCCUCUCGCAGCCGCCCCCCUCUUCCACCCAUCCCUGGAGGUGGGCGCCCCCCUACUGCCCCCCCGACAGCGCGGGGAUCAUUACCUCCAGUUCCGCCCUCUGGUCGUCGUGGAGAGUCUUUCCCGCCACCACCACCUGCCUCCUCUGCAGCUAGGCCACCAUCUACAUCACCAGAUGGACGUUCAUCUCUGCAGGCCACAUGUCCUGAUCCACCUCCCCCUUUGUCACGUCCAUUUUCACACCAAGCCACGUCAGCUCCCAUUCAACCACCACUGCCACCACCACCACCACCUCAUUCCUCGGUUUCCCCAAUCGCCCCCUCUAAACCCAACUUUUCAACCUCUUCUGCGACCCAAGAGAAGCCUAGAGGAGGCCCAUCUCCACCACCGCCACCACCACCACCUCCACCUCCUCCAGCCCCUGGCCCUAUCCCCAUGAUGCCCACCACACCCCUACCCCCACCUCCCCAAUCUGGUGGUGGAGGGGGAUUAGGCACAUCCACCAGCUCUGAUGGAGGGGGUCGGGGUGCGCUACUGGACCAGAUUCGUUUGGGCAAGAAGCUGAAGACGGUGUGCAGCAGUAACGACCAGCCGUCUCCUCCACCCGAGGACUCAGGAGAGGGAAUAGUGGGGGCGCUCAUGAUGGUCAUGCAGAAGAGAUGCAAAGUCAUCCACUCCUCUGAUGGUGAGGAUGAGGACAUGGAGGAUGAUGACGACGACGAAUGGGACGGCUGAUGAAGUCCUGUGUUUUUAAACUCUCAUUCUAAACCUUCCUAGUUUGUCACAUCAGUCUCAAAUGGUGUCUAUGCAUUGCAGAUUUCAGGCUCUAAUUGACUGGAAAGGAUUUGUAACUAAAUAUUAAAAGCUGAAAGUUUGAUGUAUUUGUAAAUGUUAAGUUUGUCCAUUUACUUCUUGGUUCCUAAAAAAUUGAGAGGCACAUAUACGGUACAUGUAGAAACUGUCUGUAAUCCCUACACAGUUAACCUGAUUUGGAUGCAAAUACCCUCCCUCAUAUUAAAAUGCUUGC